AGUUAUUGUCCUUUUCAUUUACAAUCGUAUUUCUAAUUUGUAGUAAAAAAUAGUAAAUACAAGUACAGAAAUCAUAAGAGCAAUCAUGAGUGAAAACGAAAUGAAUUACUGUGUUUCGGAACAAAUCAAUGAUGAAGAAGAAGAAGAAGAAGAAGAAGAAGAAGAAGAAGAAGAAGAAGAAGAACCUCAAAUAUCUAUUGAAAUGGCCGGCGAAGUAAUUCAACUUCCAGUAUCAACCUACAAUAAUAUAUUAGAAAGUAAAAUCACCAAUAUAUUGAACAACGAGACAGGCGAGGAUGAUAUUAUUGAACCAAAAGAGUUGUUAAAAUAUGCAGAAUACGAGAAUAAAAAUAUGACAUUUAAGGAAUUCCAGAACCAAGUUAAAGCUUUAAAAUGUGUUAUAAAAUACUUGGAAAAAGACAUAAAAGAAGAUAAUAUAUUUCCACAGUCGAUGAAAUUUAUGGACACUUCAAAAAUUCAAAUUAUUAACACUUCCUUGACCAGCAAAUUGGACAAGAUUAUUGUACAUAAGGAUUCUAAUGAGGAACAUGAAAUAUCUACAUCAUCAAAGAGUGAAGAUGAACCUGGUGUCUCAAAUGAUACAUCAAAAACAGAUAUUUUUAUAUCUGAUGACAAUAUAAUUAGUAAUGUAAACGAUAUACUACCUUAUUAAUACUGAACCCAUCCCGAAUUUAAGUAAUAGGAAAUUUUUAUCUACAACUAAACGUAAACUAAAUCUUGAGCCGAAAUAGAAGGCAAUGUUUAAUGAUGAUAAAGAUCCUUUUAAUUCUGAAAAUAUGGAAGCUGAAAAAAAAAGAUCUGUUUAAACAAUUGUGAAGUUAUUAAUAAUAAAAAACU